AUGUCUGCAGAGCUCGCCACUGAUCCUAGUCCGCGGAGCGAGAAAUCGGUAUCUGCCCAUCCAUUCUCCCCGCUAUCGGCAUCAGAACUUCAAGAUGCUGCGGCAAUCAUCAAAGCUUCAUGGCCAGCGCACACAGACCUGCACUUCAAGGUCGUGACGCUGCAAGAACCACCAAAAGUCGAGGCACUGAAAUAUCUGGAGGCUGAGCAUAGCGGCAAGCCACUUCCAUCAAUCGCGAGAAAAGCUUUUGUCAAUUACUACAUCCGGAACACUAACAAAUUUCACGAGGCGGUUGUGGACUUGACCUCACGUCGCGUAGAUCGCAACGUCCUUCUAGGGCCCUUUGUCCAUGCCAACGCGGAUGGCGAUGAAAUCGUCGCUAUCGAGAAACUUGUCCUGACCGAUGAGAAAGUACAAGCGGAGAUUGCCAAGCUCGAGCUCCCCCAAGGCACAGUAGUAAUCAGCGACCCAUGGAUCUACGGGUCCGACGGCGUUGGAGACGAAGAUAGGCUGUGGCAAUGCUUCCUAUACCUCAGGGACCCGAUGAACUCAUCAGAAGCCGACUCCAACCACUACGCAAUGCCGCUACCUAUCUCGCCCGUGGUGAGCACAGAGAAGAUGGAGGUCAUUCGCGUUGAUAUACUACCGACUGGUGCAGACAACACCAUCAAGCCGGUUGAAAAGUACAAGAUCCAACCGCCCAACGAGUACAUACCCGAGGCCCAACAACUGCGGACCGAUCUUAAGCCGCUUAACGUUGUCCAGCCAGAAGGUGCUAGCUUCCAAGUCGAACAGCAAGGCACAUCAAAUGUCAUCUCAUGGCAGAGAUGGAACUUCCGCGUUGGUUUCAACCAGCGUGAAGGUAUGGUACUGUACGAUGUCCGUUACGACAACCGCAGCUUGUUCUACCGGAUGAGCCUUUCAGACAUGAACAUUCCGUACGCGGACCCUCGUCAUCCCUACCACAAGAAGAGCGCCUUCGACUUGGGUGAUGUUGGUGCUGGUAUCAUGGCGAACAACCUCAAGCUGGGCUGCGACUGUCUAGGCUCCAUCUACUAUCUCUCAGCCGUACUCGCCGACAACCACGGUGGGUCUGUGGAGAUGCCCAACGUUGUAUGCGUCCACGAGCAAGAUGCUGGAAUCGGUUUCAAACACACCAACUACCGCACCGGCCGCGCAGUUGUCGCUCGAAACCGGGAAUUGGUGCUCCAGAGCAUCAUCACCGUAGCCAACUACGAGUACAUCCUAGCCUUCAUCUUCAACCAGGCAGGAGAAGUCGAUUACGAGAUCAGGGCUACUGGCAUCCUGAGCACGCAGCCUAUCGACGAAGGUGUUGAGGUUCCCUUUGGUACAGUCGUGCACCCCGGUGUACUUGCCGUCCAUCACCAACACAUCUUCUCAUUGCGCGUCGACCCCAUGAUAGACGGGUAUGACAACAGACUCGUGUACGACGAGGCGUUCCCGAUGCCGCGCUCAGACUUCAACCCCCACGGUACUGGCUACUACGUCCAAGAGACCGUUGUAGACAAGUCUGGCGGCUACGAUAUCGCAUACGAGAACAACCGCACUUUCAAGAUCCAAAACCCGAACGUGCGAAAUCCCAUCAACGGAAAGCCAGUCGCAUACAAGAUCCAAGCGCCGCCGUUCCAAAAGAUCCUUUCCGACAAGGACUCUUUCAACUACAAGCGCGCCGAAUUCUCCGACCACAACAUCUACGUCGUCAAGCACAAGGACGGCGAGUUGUACGCAGGCGGUACCUACACCAACCAGAGUCGUGGUGGAACGGGAGUGCGGAGUUGGGCGGAGAGGAACGACAACGUCAAAGACACGGACUUUGUCGUCUACAUCCAAGCGGGCAUCAACCACGUGCCUCGUAUUGAGGACUUCCCCGUUAUGCCUUGCGAGAUCAUCAAGAUCCAUAUGAAGCCAGUCAACUUCUUCGAUAAGAACCCUGCGCUGGAUGUACCGCCGAGUGAGCAGGCGUUUAACAAGAGCAGCUUGUUGAGCGAGCAGCACCAGCAGCCUAGUGUUACUGCGACGAUUGGUGAGGACGGUAAGACGCGCCAAGCCCAGAGUCGCGCUAGUCACGGUCCAAAGCUCAUGCCUCGCGGAACCUUCGAAGCCUCAAAGAAACACUCACUCGAUCUCCCGCGAUAUCCCGACCCUCUUUCACCGUGUACCUUCCAGCGAUCUCUUCAUCAAUAUCGAGUCUGCAAAGCGAUGGCGCCCAACGACAAAGCGGGCAGAGUUGUUUUCAUCGGCAACAUUCCCUACGGCGGCACUGAAGAGCUCAUCAUCGAAACCCUCGGGCGCGUCGGACAGGUGCUCAACUUUCGCUUGGUGUACGACAAGGAAACCGGGCGCCCCAAGGGCUUUGGGUUCGCAGAGUUCGCCGACGCUGACGCCGCAGCCUCGGCCGUGCGCAACCUCAACGACUACGAUUUGAUGGGCAGGAAGCUGAGGGUCGACUGGUCCAACGAGAGCGGCUCCGGCGACAACGCGCCUUCCAAUCGCGACCAGACCACACAGCCAGCCAUGAACGGCCAACAACCAGCAGCACCAGCACCGGCGCAACCGUCGAGCGCGCUGGGUCCUCUUCCACCAGGCGUCGAGCUGCCGCCCAACCUUACAUGCCCCGAUGCCAUCUCGCGCACGCUCUCUACACUCCCUCCCGAUCAACUCCUCGAUAUCCUCUCGCAGAUGAAAGGCCUUGUCAUGACGGAUCCCGCCAAGGCGACCGAGUUGCUGCGACAAGCGCCUCAGCUGGCUUAUGCCAUCUUUCAGUCGCUACUGCUCCUCCAGCUGGUCGACCCACAAAUCCUGACCUCGCUUGUGGAGACAUCGGCCGCGCCUGCCCCAGUUGCGCAGGCUCCACCUGUUCAGCAAGUACAGCAGCCACCACCGCAAGUUGCGCGACCGCCUGUGAACUACCCCGGAUACCCACCACAAGUCGCGCCUACACCUCCCCAAACUCAGCCACCCGUCGCGCAGCCGUACGCGCAGCCUCCACCGCAACAGCAACCACAAGCGCCUGGAAUGGACCAGCAGGCGCUGUAUGCUCAAGUCAUGGCGCUGUCGCAGCAGCAGAUUGACCAGUUGGCACCAGAGCACCGCGCCCAAAUCCUGCAAAUACGGCAGAUGUUGAUGGCUGGUGGGCGGCCCUAG